AUGACAGCCGCUUCCAUCCACCGAAGGCACAUUCCUUACCUCUCCUUUCACAAGACGAUUAUACGAGAGAUAUGCCGGCCCCAAAAGGACGAUCUGUUGAUCCUCGCCAAAGGUCUAGGUCUGCGAAGAAUCAUCUGUGCUCUGUUGAAGACAUAUGACCGGAAAGAGGACCUCGUUCUGGUGGUCAACGCUACCCCGGCGGAUGAAGCUGGAAUCGGAGAUGAGUUGGGGAUCAUGGGUGUUCGUGACCCUGGAUUUCGAAUUCUAACAUACGAAAUGUCCAUCCGUGAGAGAGAAGAGCUAUAUAGACACGGCGGGCUGUUCAGUGUCACCAGUAAGAUAUUGGUGAAUGAUCUCCUCAAGGGAACUGUGCCGGCAAAGCUGGUGACCGGACUCGUCAUCUUACAUGCCGAAAGGGUGUCACAUGGCAGCCAAGAGGAAUUCGCAGUGCGACUCUACCGGCGUGAGAACCAGAGUGGCUUCUGCAAAGCUUUCUCCGAUGAGCCGGAAAUGUUCGCCCACGGCAUGUCACCCCUCCGAGAUAUGCUCAUCAAUCUCAACAUGAACAGCGUCACCAUUUGGCCUCGGUAUAAUGAAGCUGUGAAGCUCGCGUUGACCACUCGGCAAGCCGAGGUGGUGGAGAUGUACCAGCCCAUGACAGACCUCAUGCGCCAGUGUCAAGAUGCCAUCACAGAAUGCAUGGAAGCUAUGUUGGUGGAGCUCAAGCGGGACCAUUCCUUGAACCUGGACCUGGAGGAUCUCAAUGUAAGAAACGCGCAAUUCAAGAAUUUUGACACGAUUGUGAGGAUGCGAUUGAAGUCUGUCUGGCAUAAAGUUGGAGCGAAGACUCGUAUUCAUGUCGCUGCUCUGACGGAACUUAGGAAUCUGCACACCUGGCUCCUCGAAUACGAUUCGGCAACCUUUGCCUCAUAUAUCAACACUCUCCAACGACAACACUUCCAAGCUGAAAAGCUGUCUGUAGGCGCCGGUCGACACGUUCACGAUUGGUUCAAUGCCAAAGCUGCUGCCAUCUUGGUGGAGGCCUCGCAGGCCCGGAUCUCGAGAAAAGCCCUGACGAUGGACAACGAACCGUAUGCGAACAGCUCGGAACAGAACGGCCACGGGGAGUCAAUGGAGUUCGAGGACGAUCUGGAAGCUCUACGACAAUCCGAAGUUGGCGCCACGGAUCGACAAGAGAUGGAAGACGAAGAUCUCAUGGAGACAUUUGCCACUCAAACCCAGACCAUCCGCCCACAUCCAUCCGACCUGGAAGAUGAUGACCUUAUUGAAGUGGGUGAUGACGCCAUUAUUAGUGCGACCGAGUCUGCUCCUCCGGUGUUCCGACCCAUCACAAUAGACCUCGAAGAUAACCUCAGCGCUUCUGUUAGACGCAGACUUCGGAAGGGACACGAAGCAGUCCUGGAAGAGCAGCCGAAAUGGUCUUUACUGGCCAGGGUCUUGAAGGAGAUUGAAGACACCAUUGCUCGCAUCCAUGAGACACACGCCGAAGAGCCUGGGACGGACAUUGUCCUCGUCAUGUGUUCGUCUGACAGAACAUGUCUACAGCUGCGUCAAUAUCUCACUACCAUGGAGAAGACAGAACCCCCCUUUGGUUCUCAAGCAGGCAGGAAGAUGAUGGAAACGCUAUUCCUCAGCAAUUGGCAGCAUGAAAAGAAUGGAGAGAGGCUCAGCAAUCCUUCCCGCGUUGGUGCCGACGAGGUUCGAACGGCCAAAGGCGUCAUGGAGGAACAGCGGAUCCAGGAUGCCAAGGCCCGAGGUUUGGGGAACAAGAGAGGUGUACCAAGCUAUAAACGGCGGAGAUUACGAGGAGGGGCCACUGCUCCUGGCAGACAGUCCGCGGCCGAUGUCGAGCUGUCGCGCAAAGAAACCAUAUCGAAGAUUCAAUCAGCAUUUUCAGGCGUUUCGUCCGCCGAUCUUGAUAUACAAAAUACUGAAGCUGGCCCUUCGCGAUUAGUUUCAACUGAAGGUCAAAGUGGAGAGCAGUCGGAGCAAAACGUCGGAGACGCUUCCCUCACUCUUCGAGCUCGUGUGGGGGUGAUUGAAGAAGAAGAAUUGGACUUUGCUAGUCUCAAGUGGCUCAGAGAUCGAGGUCUUUUACCUGAAGAUUUCGAAACAGAUUAUGGCCUCCUAGCACCAGAAGACGCUGUGAUCAUACGACCUUGUGGGGGCGAAGACGACGAUAUUUUGUUGCAAGAGUUGAGACCCAGGUUCGUUGUAAUGUAUGAGCCGAAUCUGGCUUUCAUACGACGUUUGGAGGUGUACAAAAACUCCAAUCCCGGGUUGGCGUUGCGGGUCUAUCAGCUAAUAUACACAAAUUCUUUCGAAGAGGAUCGUUUUUUAUCCACCAUGUCCAGGGAAGCGGAGGCAUUCAAGAAACUCAUCGAAGACCGGCAGAGCAUGGUAAUCCCAAUCUUCAAUAACAACCCUCGUGCACCUAUGCGGGACGCCAUUACCCGUUCCAAGACUACAUACUCUACCCGAAAUGCAGGAGGAGGUGACACAGGGGAAGAAGCCCGAAUUAUAGUAGACAUUCGUGAGAUGGGUGCACUCCUACCAUCCCUCAUCGACGCGGCUGGUAUCAAAGUUGUUCCGGCGACCUUGACAGUUGGUGACUACAUACUGAAUCCUAAAAUGUGUGUGGAGAGGAAAGCCCUUCCGGAUUUGGAGGCGAGUUUUGCAAACGGAAGACUACACACUCAGUGCGAGGCUAUGGCGGCCCACUACGAGAUUUGCAUAUUGCUCAUCGAGUUCGAAGAGGACAAAUUUGGUUUGAGGACCCGAGAAGAUGCUCGUCGAGAAACAGCUGGGAGAAAAGCUGAACCUGACGACUGGCGAGAUGCCUUCUGCCUUCAAUCCAAACUCGUGCUCCUAUCGCUUCACUUUCCUCGUUUGCGGAUUAUCUGGUCUUCGAGUCCCCACGAGAGUGUCAAGAUCCUAUCCGACCUCAAGUUAAAUCAUGACGAACCGGACGAAGUCUCUGCCAUUCUCAAGGGUUCGUCCAUGGCUGAAGCAGACACUCCUGCCUUGACUUCUGGCAGGAUUGGGGGUACAAUGGAGAAUGCGGGGGCGGUUGAGAUGCUUCGAGCUAUACCGGGCGUCAGCGGUCAUACGCUUAAGUUAGUGAUGAGUAAAGUGGAGAGUAUACAAGAUUUGGUCAAGAUGAAGGAGAAGGAGUUGAGGGAGAUUCUGGGUGAUGACGCCGGACGAAAGGCUUGGACAUUCAUACAUUCCGACUCGAGGAAGGUGGGGAUGGGGGUAUGA